CUCAGGGUUUGUCCCAGUUGCCAUGGCAAAAGAACCUCUGUCUGAGGCUGGUCUCCAUUUUGAUGAGCUAAACAAGCUGUGUGUGCUGGAACCUGAGGUGGCCCAGCAGACCACAGAGCUCAAGGAGGAGUGCAAAGACUUUGUGGACAAAAUUGGCCAGUUUCAGAAGGUCGUGGGUGGCCUCAUCGAGCUUGUGGACAAACUGGCAAAGGAGGCCGAGACUGAGAAAAUGAAGGCCAUAGGAGCAAGGAACCUUCUGAAGUCAGUGGAGAAGCAGCGGGAGGCACAGCAGCAGCAGCUCCAGGCUCUGAUCGUCGAGAAGAAGAUGCAGCUGGAGAGGUACAGGAUUGAGUAUGAGGCGCUAUCCAAGGUGGAAGCAGAGCAGAACGAGUUCAUUGACCAGUUCAUCCUGCAGAAAUGAUCCGAGCGUAGUGGGGCGAAGCCCACACACAUUGAUGUGUGCAACUUCUAGGACUGCUUUGAUUGCUGCAGGAACAGCUCACCGUGGCUCCAGGCACCUGUUUUUCAGAACCCGAGCACAGCACCUGGGGUUUAUCCUCCCCCAAUGACUUUCAAAGGCGCAAGGAUCUUGCCUGUUAUCAGACAAUAGCUCCAAAGGUCUCUGCUCCUUCAGCGUGACCAUAAGCAGUUACUCUUCUGCCCAGUGUUAAUAGUCUUGAUCUUUCACAAUCACAGGUGUUUUAUUUCCAACAUACCUUUGAGAUUAAAUGUUUCAGGUUUGAGAGGAUAAGCAAGUGCAGAGUCCUGAGCUCCUGUCAGCCUAUUCAUCCACACCACUAGUGAAGGAGGCAAAAUGCAAAAAGUCUACCAAGGGUCUGUGUUAUUUAUACUGUUUGUAAUGCUACUCUGUAUAGCCAGUUUUAUUUUUCUACCAAUGAAACAAAAAUCCAGGAGUUGCAUGGAACUGUAAAUAAUGAUUUCAUAAUCUUGAGCACUGAAUAUUUAUUCUUGUGAUUUUCUGUUUCUCCUGUCAUGUGUAUUUAUAUAUAUCCU